AUGACACGUUCGAACUCAAAAAAUGAGAAGAGUUUCAAAUUUAAAAAGAGCAUAGUGGCGACAAUUAAGGAGCCGAUAUCAACAAAAGAAUUAUUAGUAAGAUUACAAACACUUAGCGAUGAACUUUCGGCAGUUGAUGCUGAUUCAGCUAACUUGAGUGAAUUUACUAAAAUCCUGGGUGACUUGGUGAAUGGAAAGUUACUAGGAAAUAGUAACAUGGGCGUUCAGGCGUUCGUAUGCUGUUGUAUAUCUGAUAUUUUAAGAAUAAAUGCGCCCAAUGCUCCAUAUAAUGCAACCGAUUUAUCACUUAUAUUUAAGGCGUUUUUCCGACAAUUUAGGAAGCUUGGCGAUCCAGAGACACCAUACUUUCAACAACAAUGCUACAUUUUAAAGAGAUUGGCAGAAGUGAGGUCAAUAAUACUUAUUACUGAUUUGCCAGAUGCGGAGCAUCUAAUUGAACUGUUAUUCGAAACGUUAUAUCACUUAUCCUCGAAGGAUUUUUCCAGAAAAUUGGAACCUUUAGCUGCUGAUAUCCUUUCCGAAGUUAUUGCAGAGGCAGAAGUUAUUCCAACGAAAGUUGUGAAGCUUGUGAUCGAGAAAUUUUUGACAAAUGACGUGGAAUCUACGACAAUAAAUUCAAAAGGAAAAAUCACGAACCCUGCAUUAGCAUUUUCUGUUCAAGUCUGUGAGCUUAAUUUGGAUAGAAUGUCUCGUCAGAUAGCUCAAAUGUUCUCUGAAAUGUUAUACGAAAGUACAGAGCACAGCGAGCUUACUGGUAAGACAGCAUCAAACCACAACUUCAAAAACUCUAAAGCCUUUGAAAGCUUGCUUAAAAUACAUAGGUUAUCAAUUAAGAUCUGGAAAUACGUUCCCGAAUUAUUGAGCUCAAUUAUGGCUUUGAUAGACGAUGAACUAAACGCAGAAGAUGAUCUCAUUCGUGGAUUGGCAACUGAAACAAUAGGACAUAUAAUUGGUACAAAUUCUAUUCCUGGGAUAGUGACAACGAAGGUCAAUUUUUUCAUUAGCCAUAAGCAGAUUUGGGCUAAUUGGCUUAAAAAAACUACCGAUAUAUCUUCUUAUGUUCGAGUUAAAUGGGUGGAGCAGGUUCCAGCAGUCAUAGCAUGUCCAAGCUCUUCAACAUCGGAAAUCAGCAGCUCUUUAUCUGCUUGUUUGAACAAAUGCCUUCUAGAUUCAGACGAAAAAGUUAGACUUGCUGCUUGUCGAUGUGUCGAAAAAAUUUCGUUUGAAUUGUUCACCUAUAAAAUAUGCAGCAGAAGUAUCAUGAGUACGUUGUCUCAUUUAACAAGAGAGAAAAAUGCUGAUAUCAGAAACUACAGUAUCAGAAUUUUUGGUAAUAUAUUUGACAUGUAUAUGAGAGCUAAAGCAUCAAACAAGAUUAUUAAUUUUGGCCUCUCAAAAGAAGAGGAUAGUGCCGAGCUUGAGAAUCUCAUAUCACAUGGAAUUCCCAAUCAGAUUUUAUCUUUAAUCUACAUAAAUGAUAGAAGCAUCACUGCUGCGGUAGAUUCUUGCCUUUUUGAAAAACUUUUGCCUAUAUCUGAAAGUAAUUCUAUAGCUAGAGUUGAGCGAUUGACUCGACUUUACUUUACUUUGGAUGAUAAAGGUAAGCAAUCUUUUGUGGCUAUAAACAAGAGGCAAGAAAAGUUAGCUAAAGUCAUAAAGACUUAUAUUGAUACUUCUGAGAAAUAUAAUGACACGGGUGAUGUUUUGGUAGAUAAGGAGAACUUCAAUGUGGCUGCCAGGACUAAUGAAAAAGAUAAUGUUAAUGAUAAUGUUCUGCUACUUUUAAAGAUGGACAAAAUUAUAAAAUGGCUAUGUGCUGCAUUACCAGAUGAUCACAUUGCAUAUAUAUGCUUAGAGCGGUUCUUCAAGUUGAGAAAGCCCAGGUUUCUAUAUUUAAUAAGAGUCUGUAUUUCCCCUGAGUCUGAUUAUAACACUGUCAAAAAUUCGUUGAGAGAAUUGCUUACCAAACUCAGCGAUACCAAAAAUUUCAAGCUUGAUGGUGAGCGCUCAAAUAUAUCAAGCACCGAUAUGGUGGCAACUUUUAAGAUGCUUAUGUUUAGAGCAUCUUUUUUGUUAUAUAAUAAAUCAAAUGUUAUUGAGUUGAUCACAUAUGCAAAGGAUCCAGAUCAUAAAUUGCAUUCAACUGCCAACGAAUUGCUAGAACACAUUUCAGCCACUGUGCCAGAUAUCCUUAAAUUUCAUAUGAGUGCUUUGACAGAUCUUAUUAUAAGCGAUACUGACAAGGAUACAUCUUCAGAUUCGAAAUCGCUUAAUUUGAAAACAAUAUACCAUUUCAUAAAACGAUACCCCGACUUAUUUUCGAAAGAUAUUAAAUUCACUGAAAAAUUAAAAUAUCUUGCAAUUUAUGGGACUCCCAUAGAGGCGCGAUAUUCAAUAAAAAUCUUAGGGUUGAGUGAUAAGAGGGAGCUUUAUUGCUCAUCGAUUAUCGAUUCCAUUUAUCCUUUGGAUUUGCAGCAUAAAAACUUCCCAACUGAACUAGCGGCAAUGGCUGAGCUAUACUUAGUAGAUCCAUUGUCAGUUCAAGACAAGUCUAGCGAUAUUACUUCUCAUUUGAUAAAGGAAAUAUUCUUGAAGAAUAGACCGCUUAAUUCAAUAGCUAUUAAAAGUGUUGGAGAUUGGAUAACUGAUGAUGAAUUAGACGACAAUUUUGUAUCUCAUGCCACAUUGUACGAGAAACUACUUGCUAUAAGAAUUUUAGUCAACAAACUCAAGUCUUAUGAUGAUGACGGAGAUAAGAAUGUUGGCGGUGACGAGUCGUUGGUAGAGCAGGCACAGCCUGUAUUGAAAUUAUUUGUUUCUAUCAUUGGAAACAGGGGAGAAAUCAUAAAUAAGAAGUCCCCAACAUGGCCCACUCCUGAGGUAUAUAAGCUGCGAAUCAGGUUGGCUGCCGGAUUAAGUUUGCUUAAAUUGUCCAAAAGACCAACGUUCAAUGAGAUGAUUUAUCCAACGACGAUCAGAAGAUUAACUUUUUUGGUAGCGGAUUCGAAUUAUCGUGUCAGAUCUAAUUUCCUAUCAAAGUUGCAAAAGAACCUAGUGAACGAAACAAUUUCAGAAAGAUUUUUACCGAUAGUGUUUUUUACCGCUAUCGAACAAUCAGAAGAAUUAAAGACAAAUUCAACGAUUUGGAUUAAAUCUCUUUAUAAUAGAUCGGAGGCUAAGUCUUCGAUAAAAUUUGAAAAGUCAUUGGUCAGAUUAAUUCAUAUCAUUGCUCAUCAUGAACAGUUUCUUGCUUUGAUUGAAGGACAAGGCGAGGGCACUGAAGUAGAUACAGAACAGAAGCUAACUAGAGCUUACACUUUUGCCUUACAAUUCGUAGCGUAUUUUUUGACUUUGAUAGGAAAAGUGGAGAAUAUCUCAUUGUUGUAUUAUUUUGCUAGUCGUAUUAAGCAACACAGAGAUGCAACAGUUUCAGCAGAAAUUUAUGAUAAUAGUGAAGGAACUGAAGCGGCAACGAACCUUUACAGAGUAUCUGAACUAACUCAGUUGGCUGUUAAAGAAUAUAGUGACCAAAGAGGAUGGCCACUUCAAACUUGGCCAGGAAAGCUCAAAUUACCAUCUGACAUAUAUACGCCAAUUUCCAAUGCUAGAGAACUUCAAAAUAUUAUAACGAAGGUGUACAUUCCUGAUAAGACCCAAAUUGAGUUGAAGGGAAUAAUUCGUAAAAGAUUUUUUGGAGUCAAUACUAAAAGGAGGGCCGUAGCUGAGGAGACAUAUGAUAAACAGAAGAAGCCUAAAGUAAAGUCGCAGAGAUCAAAUCUUAAGUAUCGAAAAAGUUCGCGGCCGAAGGAUGCAACUGCUUCAAAACCGAUCGAAAAGCCCUCCAGAAAAAGUUCGAGGGUGACUAAAAAGUUGAACUACGGGGAAGAAAGUGACUUCGAAUCUGGAAACAAUGAGAGCGAUUCUUACAUAGAAUAA